CACCUUCGCGAUUAGCUCUUUUCUUAUUCACAUAGUUGUAAUUUUUUUUUAAAAAAAAUUAAAUUUUCGAUCCGAGUUUCAGACGCUGCACCUCACAGGAACUGCAGAAAUCUAGGGUUUUCCCCCUUAAAUCUGUGAAUGUAAAAAGACAAGAAUUAGGCAUGAUUUUUUCCGAUCUUCACUUAUCAGCUCUUGUUCUGUAGAUUUUAGCGUUUCUGCUCCUUCGAUUUUUCCCAGAAUCGCUUGGAUUAGUAACCCUUUUCUUGAAUCCAAUAGGGGUUGUGGUUCGCGUUACAGUCUUUGGAUCGAUCGAGUGUCUAUUAGGGUUCAUCUUCGUCUUCUCUGUUGUUAAAUAAGAGCGAUGGAGAAGAAAAAGGUCGCUGUUCCGCUAGUGUGCCAUGGACAUUCGAGGCCUGUCGUGGAUUUGUUCUACAGUCCAGUGACUCCAGAUGGUUUCUUCCUCAUCAGUGCAAGCAAGGAUUCCCACCCUAUGUUGAGAAACGGAGAAACCGGCGAUUGGAUUGGUACAUUCGAAGGACAUAAAGGUGCAGUGUGGAGUUCUUGUCUGGAUACCAAUGCCUUACGGGCUGCAUCUGCAUCGGCAGAUUUUUCAGCGAAACUUUGGGACGCAUUGACGGGGGAUGAACUGCAUUCUUUCGAGCACAAGCAUAUAGUCCGAGCAUGCUCCUUCUCGGAGGAUACACACCUACUGGUCACAGGAGGACUCGAGAAAAUUCUCCGCGUAUUUGAUCUGAAUCGCUUAGAUGCACCUCCUAGAGAGGUCGAUAAAUCUCCUGGAUCUAUCAGAACCGUUACAUGGCUUCACAGUGAUCAAACAAUAUUAAGUUCUUGUACCGAUAUCGGUGGUGUGAGGUUGUGGGAUGUAAGGAGUGGAAAGAUUGUCCAAACACUAGAAACCGAGUCGUCCGUCACAAGUGCUGAAGUUAGCCAAGAUGGUCGGUAUAUUACAACUGCUGAUGGGUCCACUGUUAAAUUCUGGGAUGCGAACCAUUUCGGACUCGUGAAGAGCUACAACAUGCCCUGCACUGUCGAGUCCGCAUCAUUGGAACCGAAAUUCGGUAACAAAUUCGUUGCUGGCGGAGAAGAUAUGUGGGUCAGAGUGUUUGAUUUCCAUAGUGGCGAGGAGAUUGGUUGCAACAAGGGUCACCAUGGUCCGGUGCAUUGCGUGAGGUUUUCGCCUACGGGUGAGUCCUAUGCCUCGGGAUCCGAGGAUGGCACGAUCAGGAUCUGGCAGACAGCUCCUUCGAAUCCCGAGGACAACAAAACAAGCACCGGGAGAGCGAAACAAACCGUCGAAGAAGUUGCCCGUAAGAUCGAAGGCUUUCAUAUGAACAAGGAAGGGAAACCCUCGGAGAAACCAUCUUAAACCUCUUAGAAAACGGACAGUGUUUGGCCUAACAUAUUUGCUCUGUCUUGUUUUGUUUCCAGACUGCUUGGGGGAAUACAGAAACAAAGAUCUCUCUCUCUCUCUCUCUCUCUCUCUCUCUCUCUCUCUCUGUGUGUGUUUGUGUAGGUGUUAUUUUGUAUCUUUUAGUUAUAAAGAGGCUUUUUCAUAAUUAAUACAUCUUGGGGGCCGGAUUUGUGAUU